AUGGCGUGCGGGGCGACGUUGAAACGGCCCAUGGAGUUCGAGGCGGCGCUGCUGAGCCCGGGUUCCCCGAAGCGGCGGCGCUGCGCCCCGCUGCCCGGCCCCACUCCGGGCCUCAGGCCCCCGGACGCCGAGCCGCCGCCGCUCCUCCAGAUGCAGAGCCCGCCGCCGCCGACGCUCCAGCCGCCCGUCCCGCCCGGCAGCGAGCGGCGCCUUCCGACUCCGGAGCAAAUUUUUCAGAACAUAAAACAAGAAUAUAGUCGUUACCAGAGGUGGAGACAAUUAGAAGUUGUUCUUAAUCAGAAUGAAGCUUGUACUUCAGAAAGUCAGCCUCACUCCUCAGCGCCUAGUUCUCCAGGUUCCUCCUGGAUGAAGAAGGAUCAGCCCACCUUUACUCUCCGACAAGUUGGAAUAAUAUGUGAGCGUCUCUUAAAAGACUAUGAAGAUAAAAUUCGGGAGGAGUAUGAGCAAAUCCUCAAUACCAAACUAGCAGAACAAUAUGAAUCUUUUGUGAAAUUCACACACGAUCAGAUUAUGCGACGAUACGGAACACGGCCCACAAGCUAUGUGUCCUGA